AUGGCGUCGAAAACAAUAAUAGGAGGCUCUAUGAUAGAAAAAAGCGAGCACGAUCUGGUGAUGAGUGCUGAUGAUUCAAAAGUCCAUAAUGAAAAAAACGGCAAGGGGUGGAAUAAGAAACAACUUGUUGCUAGUGUUUGCCAACAACUGUUUGCCGUCUCUCACUGUAUUGCAAAGAUGAGCCGAGUUUCCGACGAUGCUCGACAAGCAUUAUCACUUCAAAUCAAUCUAGGUAAUGGGAUCUAUCAGCUUGUUCAUUACUAUGGAAGGACUCAUUCCAAUAGAGCUCUUGAUCUGCUGUCGAAGAUCAAGGAGCCACACGAUAAGACAUUCUUGGAUUCGUUGUCUGACACCAUAAAAGAAAAAAAGAUCAUGGCAACGUUGGAUCUUCUAGGACAGAUAGUGCAGACUGCUCCCAGUUGGACACCAAAGAUUGCGCUUCAUCCUGUAUUUAAAGCAAUCUUGCAACACAUCGUGAUAACAAAGGAGUUGGAUGAAUGCAUUGGGGCGCUUUUGUUUGUGACUGCUCUUCUGCCACACUGCUCUUCUUUGCCACUCGAUGUCCUGAAUACAAUCUUUCAUGCAUUUAUCGAAGGGUGUCAUACAUAUCGAAUGAAGUGGCUCAUGCUCGACAGCAGAAGAAUCAGCGACGUGUGGGAUAGAGUUGAUGUUGGGCACCUCGCCUUUGCUCUUCGCGAAUUCUUCCAUGCUGUCUAUGGAGUCUAUCCCACAAAUUUUAUAUCAUAUCUCAGAAACUAUUUUGUUGAUAAAAAUGGAGGAAACAAAAGAAGGGACAUCGCCACGUAUGUCAUUUGUCCUCUGCUUGCUGGUGUGCGAUUGCAUCCAAAUUUGAUUCUGGUUGGAAAAGAUAAGGAACUUUCGAAAGAGAGAUGGCACCAGCGCGAAUCUCACGAUUUUUUGGAUGACUGUCGUCGUAUUGUAAUUGGCAAAAUCCCUCUCAAUGCAGUCAGUGAUUGCUUUGACAUUUCAUCAGAGUCCGAGUCCCCUCCCGCUGCGCCACAAGAAGUGUUUCCACAGCUGUUUGCUUCACACACCUCAUCGUCUUCGAGUGAUUACGCUUGGAGGGCGGAAGAUUCGGACAAUGAUCUUCUGAACGCACUCAGUACUCCGCCGGGUGGUAGUACCAGGAAUUCUACACAAAAGAGGAAUGUAGCUGAGGAAGAGUGGGCGCCAAUAGUCAUUACUGACGAAAAGCGCCAUCGAUCAGUGGAUGCGCCCACCCGUUCAUUACGUAACAGUAUUGGUUCUUUCUUCAAGAGAGAUCUCGGUAGCGAUAAAGGGUCCAUAGGAUCCCAUGGUGAUCGUGUUGUAGAGUACGCAAUCAGCUCAUCGACAAGUCAUGAUAAUGUGCAAGCCGAGGAAGCAGAAGAGGCAGUGGAAUGUUUGACGCCGGUUUCACGGCAAUCCCCGGAGCGGAUGGGUCACGCUAAACCAAGAGUAGAUCCUCAAAAUGAGGGGCUGCGCAUAGCGCAAGCCGCACAAGCUGUGGCACUUGCUGUUCGUCGAGAACAUCAUUCAGGGCAGGAUACAACCGACGUUACCGCUAGAUCAAGAUCUGCGUCCUUUCUGUUUGAUAGUCCGCAUGUUGAGGAUCGGGAGAAAUCAAGUAUGCAAGAACGAGAAAAGAGCGAUGUGGGCACUGAGCGCGGAAAAAGUGAUGCCGAGAAUGCACCCAACAACGGGAAUGGUGAGGGUACGAGAAAUCGUUUUUCCAUAGGCUCUUUCUUCACCAAACUGAACAGACAACGUUUUGCAAGUGAAUGCCAUCCUGUCUUCCAAGCAGCUACAACGCAUCACUCCUGUCAUCCUAUCAAGACCAUGCUCAAUAGAACUUCUUCGUGUCCGGAUUUUCUUGGUGAAAAAAGGACUCCAGUAGGCGCGAUUCUCGCGGAAGUCGCAGUCAAGGCACCCCAAGAAGAUCUUCUGGAGAGAUUUCCGUACCUGAGACUUGUAAGACCACUGGGAGCUGAGCAUUAUGCUGAGGUUGAGGCAAAUCUCGAGAGUGAGCACGAAGUUAGAAGAACUGCGUACAUGGAGAAGAGUAAAGAAUUUCACUACUGUCUUAGAGAGAUGGGACUGGCUGAUCGUCUUCCCGGUCGAAUCUAUGACGAUAUGAUCCAUAUAACCGCUGGACUUCAGAUGGAAAAACAACGAGAUAUUCUGCGUGCUCGACUUCGCCUCGUCAACCAGCACCUGCUAUAUGAGCGAAGUUGUCGUCUUCUUCAUGCUAAUAGAAAUCGAAGGCUGUUUGGUAGGAUCAAGCAACAGAAGGUGACCGAAGCAGAAAUGGAGCAGCUGAAGGAAAACUUUCAUGCAGUUAAUAGUGAAAGGAAGGAGUUGAUCACUGCUUUGUCGGGUAUUCGACGUUUCUUGGAUGAUGAGAAGAGAAAUCGUUCUACUGCAGAAACGGAAGCAGCUGAAAGAAUGAAAGAAUGGGAAUCGGUUUGCAGCAAAUUGAACGAAACUCUGCAAGAAGUGCAGUUCCGAAGUAACCUUCUUGAACAAGACGCUAAAAAUUGGAAGUCACAGAUAGACCAGUAUAGGAGAAGAGCUGAUGAUGCAGAAGAACAAGUGCGUUUGCUACGUCAGCAGCUUCCCCCUGUCGAGUCGCUAAUGGCGGAGUUAAUCAAAACACAGUCAGUUAACCAGCAACUUCGUGAUCAAAUUCGCAUGCUCGAAUCUCGAAGUGAAGAAGGAGCUCCUUACCUACGCCUUUUGCCCAGAAAUGGACGAAAAGAGCGAGGUUUAGUGCAGGACAUGGAGCGAGUGCAGACAGAUUUGAUUAACGAACACAAUACAGCGGAAGAGUAUCGCGCUCGUGCACAGGAUUGGGAGCAUAUGUGCAAAACGGAGAGCGUGCGUAGCGCUGAACUGAAAGGAUUACUUGAUAGAGCUACCAAUUUGCUGCGAGAACAGAAGGAUGCAGCAGAGCAGAAAUUCUUGUCUCUACAGGCUGUGGUUCGUAGGCAGGAGGAGCACAUUUUUGAUCUGUAUCGACGCUUAGAAGAGCGAGAUGAUGCACUAAGGCGAGCGAAAGCUAGCGGAUCUCAUUCUUCGGAGCAUUUUCGACCCUCUCGAGUUCCGUCAGAAAUCCGUUCAUUCGAUAGCAGUCUGUCCGAUAUCUAUGUGCCAAGAGAUGUUAUCUGUGGUCUAAGUCCCAGUGAACUUCGUUCCAGUGAAGAAGAAGUGGGUAUAGACCUGGAGGAGACAGUGUAGUGCUUUCAUUGCAAUUGCCUGGUUGCUCGUUGUGCAUCUGUGACAUAUUAGUGUUGUCCAUUUAUGUUGAGUAUAUUUACGAGUAUAUCCAGCUCAUGUUGGGUACUUUUUUGCCGAGGCUAAUCUUGUGCGCGACAGAGAGAGCAUUUCCAGUAAUGUUUUUUGAUAGGUGAAUUGUAUUAGCAGGAAGAAAGCCCCUGCGACAAGCAGCCAUUAAGGCAGUGUCCGAGUAAAACCCGAUUUCAGCUGUUUGGAUUUUGGGUCCAUCCAUUACCAUGAAUUUGAAGAUGUGUUUUGGAGAGCGGAAAUUGCCAGAAUAGGCUUUUCGG